CGGGUAGCUAGGUACCCCUACGAGCAUUACAGUGCGCGAUGAAUGUAGGAUUUGCAGGCUUAUAGUUAGCGUUGAAUGCCCUGUAAAGGAUCCCCCAGCGGUGCUGUGCCCAGUGGGGUCAAAGCUACCUUAGGUACCUAAUGGGAUAACUUGGCCGUACGAAUUAGCACGAGAGGAUACGGUAUCGGGUACUUUAGGCUUAGAUACCUAACCUCAGUUAUGUGCCUAAGAGGUAUUCCAUCCCACCGAAAUCCUCUUUUCCAGCACAGCUUCUCUUCUCCUCCCCUCCACCGUCAAGUAUGCGAUGCGCUGGUCAUCCUGUCUCGCUACCCCAUGCCCGUAAGACUGCUCAAGCGGCCACCUGUACGAUCGGUAGCUGCAGCAUGGCGUCUCCCCUUCAUGCCUGCGGCUGUAGCACUGCUGCACGGUAGCCCCAGGAUGCGACUAGAUGACAGUUUUGACGAUCCCCCCCCCUCACCAUCAUCGCGACCAAGCAGGGGCAAAGACAACGGCUCCUUCGAAGAUGCCUACCCUGGCCGCAAUCACGAUCGCGAUAGCACACGGCAACCCGUUUCGACGAGCAGAAACCGGCGCGGUUCUCUCCUCGAAAAGCUGUUUCCCGACGAGGUCAAACAGUCGCGGCAACAUUCCGACAGCGCGUCUAGAGGCACGUGGGCCUCUAUCUUCGACGACCUGCCCACUCCUCAUCCGUCGUUCCUGAAGGCCGAAGUAAACAGCGUCAAUGCCAACGCCAACGCCACCGACCGCGCUUCCUCUUCCGACGUGCCCCUCCGCGCGCAGAGCAUGCUCGUCCUCUCGGGCGCGAGCCCCUCGCUCCUGGCGAGCGACUUCCUGCGCCUCGGGCGGCACGGCGCCCACGUCGAGGGCUGGGUCGGCGGCAUCCAGCGCGUCAUCCCGGCGCUGGACCCCGAUACACUGCGGCCGCUCGGCUAUUACUUCGUGCUGUUCGACAGCCCGGAUGCUGCGCUCGCCUACCGCUCCGACGUCGAGCGGCUCUGGCGCCUCGGCAAGGAGCAUCUUCCCGGGGCGCACCACGGGAGGAAUGCCGCGGUUUACGCGGGCGUCCCCUUGCCUACUCUCGCCCCCGUGCCGUCCUUCGGCCCCAUACGACGGGUCGCCACCAGCGGACCGAUGGAUGAUUUCGAGAGGGACGUGGCGGCGACGCUACGCUCCUUCACGCUCAUCUCACCGUCGCAGAGCUACCACCUUCAGACGUCGUCGCGCCUCACGCGCGAGCAGCUGUUAGACCUCGAUAUCGGCGGCGGCGACUCCCCCUACUCCUCUUUCCACGAUCGUCUCGCUGCCCGCGCCGGCUCCCCACACUUAGUCCUCAUCCAUGUCGAAGGUGGCCGCAUCUCCGUCAACACUCUGCAUAGCGUCAUCGAGGCCGACGGCGCUGAACGUGGGCUCCCCUGGCGCAUCCUCGGCCACGACCGCGACGACAUAGUCAUUCUCCCCUUCGGCAAAACCAUGGUCAAAACACCCGACAGGGUAAAAGCCGAUGCAGAAGCCCUAGCUAGAAUCGAGGCAGAAGCCGCGGCCAGAGCUAAGGCCGAAGCUGAAGCGCAGACCGAAGCUGAAGCGCAGACCGGAGCUAAAGCGCGGACCGGAUCUGAGGCGCAGACCGGAGCUGAGGUGCAGACCGGAGCUGAGGCGCAGACCGGAGCUGAAGUAGGAACCGAGGCGGGAGCCAGGGGCCAAGACAGCAGCGCGGCGGGCAGCAGCGACAGCGGCCAGGAGAGCGGCCCCAGCGAGUUCGAGCAGAGCCUCAUCGAACAGGCGAACCGGCUCACGGGGACGCGGCCAGCGAGCUCGGGCAGCAGCAAGGACGAGUGGCAGCCGGAGGUGGAGGAUCUCACGGCGGCGGCGGCGGCGGCGGCGGAGGAGUGGUCUGCGUGGGAGCGGGGGUCGGCGGAGGACCGGGAAUACCGGCGGUACCCGCGGUUCAUCGUGCCGUUCGCGGACGGCGCCGAGGCGCAGCGCUUCGUCCGGUGCUGGCACCGGCGGCAGUUCCGCACGAAGACGGCCACCCGCGAGGGCGACAAGGACAUCUCGUGGGAAGAGACGCGGACGCUGAACACGACGGUGCUGUGGUGAUCGGGACGAGAGGCAAAAAAAAGGGUAGGGGGGUCGUAGGAGACGAUAGAACUAACUGGGCCAGCCCGCUCACUCGCUUGCUGCUUCGCGAGACGUGUGAGGACGCGAGGACGGAGCGGUGGCCCCGUACAUGUAUAUAUGUACCUAUAGCAAUAUUAAGUCAG